UGUCUGUUCUGGUCUGUUCAGAAUCCCCUUCUUCUGUUGCCUGCGUUUCUCUUGUAGUGCUCCCUCACUGAACGUUGUAGUAGCCCAGAGCCCUCAGCCUAUUGGCCCACAUCUCCCUGUACAUGACACUCGACUCUCUCCCACCCUAUCCUACCGCCGCCAAUUUGUUGCAACUCACCGCCGGCGACGGCCGACGGGACACAACAAACGGGAACUCAUUCACCGGGGACUUCUCUCGUCGACUCCGCCUGCCCGCCCUCUACUGGUGCCUCACUGCACUGACGCGAGUGGAGAUCGAUCCAUCCGGACUUGGAUCAAUUUCUACAUUUGUUAGGCUAGACAAGUAAACCAGUGGAUAAAAUCAAUUUCACGGGCUGGAGGCUUAUUCAGUUCCAAGAUUUUAGCCCAAGUUGCAUCUGGGAUUGCCAUAGAUGUUUCUGUACCGAUGAGCGGGCCAGAAAGAUGUCCGUCCAUUCUUACGGAGCAAGCACCUGAAGAAGCUGGUAAUCAGAGUGCAUCUGCAUCCCUGAGUAAAUGCAUAUCUGAUUCAGCACCUGCCGCCUCAAAAGAUGCUGAUGAGUCGGGCAAGUCCACUGAUAAUCCAAAUUCGACAGAUAAUCUGAACAACAGUGUCGCUUCAAAAGAUGCCAAUGAGUUGGGCAAGUUUGCUGGCAAUGAGUCGGGCAGGUCCACUGGUAAUCCCAAUUCAACGGACAAUCUGAACAACAGUGCCGCUUCAAAAGAUGACAAUGAGUCGGGCAAGUCCAUUGGCUAUCCCAAUUCGACGGAUGAUCUGAACAAUUGUGUCGCUUCAAAAGAUGCUAAUGACUUAGGCAAGUCCUCUGGCAAUCCCAAUUCGACGGAUGAUCUGAACAGUUGUGUUGCUUUAAAAGUUAACAAUGAGUUGGGCAAGUCCACUGACAAUCCUAAUUCGACGGAUAGUCGAAACAAUGGAGGUAGCAUUGUCCAUGUUUCAGCAGAGUGUUGACGGGAGUCUGGAGGCGGAUGGGUCAGGAGAAAAUGAGAGUGGAGCUGGUGCUGCACAGGAUGCUGAGAAAUCGCAGAAGGAUCCUACAGUUGGAAUGACUUUUCCAACAGAGGACGAAGCAUUCAAUUUCUACAACGCUUGUGCAAGGUGGAAGGGUUUCAGUGUCAGAAAAGGUCACCUUUCUCGAAGGAAAUGUGGAACUGUAUGUGAUAGGCAUUUCGUGUGUAGCUUUGAAGGUAAACCACCGCCGCAUCACACACAUAUGAUUAGGAAGCAUCGCUCUGUUCAGAAAUCAAACUGUUUGGCUCGUCUUGAAUUGAUGGAAAAUCCUGCUGAUAAGAGAUGGAUUAUUAAGCGAUUUAAUGAUGAGCAUAAUCACCCACUCGCUAGCCCGAACAAAACAUUUAUGUUAAGGUCUAACAGGAAAAAGUCUGCUCCAGAUGUACUUACGGAAUCUGACUUUUACUACGGAGUGAAGCCUGCCCCUGUUCAGCAAUUGUGGUCAGAAGAGCCAGCUCGUGUUAGAGAUGCUCCUGUCGUUGCGAAGGAUCAAGUUAGCUGCCUAAGUACUCUGCGAUCAAAAGAAUUUGACAAGGGAAACACACAGAUCCUGCUGGAUGCUCUUACAGUUAAGCAGUCUGAGGAUCCAUCUUUUGUUUAUGCCAUACAAUUAGAUGAGAAGGAGAGACUGACUAACUGCUUUUGUACUGAUGCUAGAUCUGUUGUGGAUUAUUCCUAUUUUGGCUAUGCAGUCACCUUAGAGACAACCUACAGAUCUAGUGGAUUUGACUUGCUUUUUGUUGCAUUCCUUGGUGUGAACCAUCAUAAACAGGUUAUUAUAUUUGGCGCGGCAUUACUGCUGGAUGAGAGUGUGGAGUCUUUCACCUGGUUAUUGAGAACAUUUCUAGCUGCCAUGUCUGGACGACAACCAAAAACAAUCUUCAGAUCUCUCUGCUGCAAUAUCCAAAGCAGUUUCUACAGUAAUGCCUGGCUCAUGCCACCAGCUAUGUCUGUGGCAUAUACUUACUAUUGCAUCCAAACUUGUCCAGGGAGUUGCUCAGGAGCUGAAUUUCCAUGAAGAUUUUGAAAAUUUGAUAUAUGGUAUCUAUCCAGAAGAUGACUUCCACAGGGAAUGGGAUAGCUUGAGUAAGCAUGGACUUGCCGAUGUUCCAUGGUUUUCUGAAUUGUUCGCUGCACGGGAAAGAUGGUCACUGGUCCACUGUGGUAAUGCAUUCUGUGGCCUCACAGGCACCAAAAAAUGGAGCGAGAUCAUGGAAAAUCUUUUCAAAUUUCGAUUCUACAGGAAGCUGCCACUCUGUAAGUUCAUUGUUCAGUAUUUCAAUGUGAUUACCAAUCUUCGUCAGGAGGAGCUUGCUCAAGAUCAUGAAUCAUGACAAGACAGACCCAUUCUACUUGUUGACAUACCUUUGCUUGCUGAAGCUGCCAAGACAUACACAAGAACAAUCUAUGUAGAUUUUGAGCACGAGUACAUAAGCCACCUUGCCUGCAUCUGCGAACGAGUUCCAACUGAUGAUGCCACACACAAGUUCAGAGUCUCCCCUAUUCCUCAGAAACAGUGCUCCGGCAUUGUGGAGUUCAACCCAGCAAACACCACGGUGAGCUGCAGCUGCAAGAAGUUCGAGUCAUCAGGCAUACUGUGCAUGCACGCGCUGAAUGUCCUCAACUACAACAACAUCCUCCACCUCUCCUCACAGUACAUCCUGAGGAGAUGGACAAAGUGCGCAAAGGAUGAACUGCCGUGUGUACCCCCUGGUGGCACGCAUCAGCCUGUUUCGGGCACUGAAACCCUGUCCACAAGGUACAGCCGUAUGUGCCACAAGGCGGUCGGCCUCGCAGCUAAAGUCAUGCUGUUGAAGGACUCGCUUGGAUACCUCGAGAGGAGGUUCGACAGUUUCAUCGAGCAAAUGGAGGGCCUGUUGCAUCAUAACCCCUCCAUCCCUGGACCAGCAGGUGACGCCGGUGGCUCUGCGCGUGGUGUGAGACUGAACACAGUGGAACCAAACAACGCGUUCUGAGUUCUCUGCUAGGUUACCAGGCCCUUCUGUAGUUAUUUGUCUGAACUCUGAUGCUGCAUUGUAUAUCCUGCGGCAGCAGUCGUUAGAGAUUCCCGACAGCUUGUUAGAAGUUACUGAAGCUUAGCUGCACCCUCAUGAUGAUUCGUUUGUAGUGUAAUGGCUAUUCUGAUAUGAUAAUUUUCUUUUCUGGGUUGCUGAAGUUCUUCAGAUGA